AUGUUUUUUGCCUUCUUCAACAGCAGACUGCCUCGUUUACACACUCCGUUGCGGCGAUCAAGAUACAAGAACAUUAAACCUCUGGGAAACGGCCAGUUUGGUCGAGUUAUCCUGGUAAAGGAUACGCUUAUGAACAUGGAAUGUGCCGUAAAGAUAGUUACUGCCCAAAAGAAUGCGUUGAAAGAGGCAAAGGCGUUAUCAAAUCUCUCUCACCCAAACAUUGUGAGAUACUACGAUUGUUGGAUACAGGAUUCAAAUUCCAAGGACAUCAAUGACCGCUCCCUUUCCUGGGGUGAUUUCAGGUCGUCUAAAUCACCUCUGAAUCUGUACAUCAAAAUGGAAUUUUGUGAAAAUGGAAAUCUUAAAGACUGGAUAGAAAAAAUGAACAACAGCAACCUGGGAUGUUCGGAGAGAAUAAAGCAAAGUCAUCUCAUUAUAAAGCAAAUUGUCAGUGCACUUGAACACAUGCACUGUAAAGACCUCUUCCAUCGAGACCUCAAGCCUAGCAAUAUCUUGGUAAAUAAAGACCAAACCGUGAAGAUAGGAGACUUUGGUCUUGCCGCUAUGAUGGUUGAUAUCAAUGGUGAGAACCACGUGGAGAGAUCUGCAGGAGUAGGAACCACACCUUACAUGGCUCCUGAACAAUACGGUACAAACUACAACCACAAAGUGGACUUGUUCCCCGUGGGGUUGAUAUGGUUCGAGUGCCUUUGGAGAGUCUCAACUGGCCAUGAAAGAGUCGUGAUUUGGCCUGACCUAAGAAAGAAGAAGUUUCCUCGUGAAUUUGAAAACACCUGUUUUGAUCAGUACAUGAUAAUCGAACGCCUGCUGUGUAAAAACCCACAAGAGCGACCUGAGGCAUCUGAACUCCUGUCCACGCUGAGCCCAAAGGAGAAUAUCUACAAGACUUCUUCAUGUACAAAACCCCCGAGUGAUUCACUUCCUUAAGAUCAGAGGAAUCUCAGAGGGUUAAAGGUCAUGAUCUGAUUCAUUUGAUAACUUUUGUUUUUGUGCUGCUUUUCAAAGAUGUUACUGUAAAUCCUGAGCAUUCCAAAUAAGGAAGUAAAAGUAAUGAAUGACAAGGUUUGUUUAAAAAGAUGCUUUUUUAUGCGAAUAUCAUGUUUUUAACAGCUGGUAUUUUAUUUCCAGCUGAAACCGGUUUUGCUUCCGGAUGUUCCAAAUUUUUAUGUUCCUGAACAGAGUCCGCGUCAUUUGAGUUUGUGUAUCUGCUGAUACCAAGUCCAGAUCUGGUUCUUCAGUGAUGUAUAAGAAGAAAAACGGAAAAUACAUCCAAGUUGACUUUAAGUAUUAUUUAUUAUGUAUUUAAUUAAUUUAUUUGCCAGAAAACAUCACUAAUUCAGGUAGUACACGUGAUUGGACUGGAGCAUUCCUAGUUUACCCCGUGACUUAGUGAUGUUGCACUUUACCCUUUCGUCGUUCAUUUUAAUCAGAUUUUACUGGUCAGUCCAAAUACUUAAAGGAAUGCUCAUUUAAAUCAUACUUUUAUGUGUUACACUUGUGAUGUUCAUGCCUCUAACAAGUGCCCUUAUGCUAAACACUUCAAUAAUAAAAAAUGCCCUUUAAAGUUAUUUUAUAUUUAAGAAUCUGCUAAAUGUGUCCAGGAGUUAUGAACUUGUAUUUUACAGUGUUCCCGUUGAAGAUCACUUAACCUAAAUGUUAACUAAACUGUCAGAAACACAGUUCAACUGUUGUUGGAAAAGUCAGAAGGAUGUAGUUUUCAGUUGCUCAAACUGUAACCGAAAUGUAUUCUGAUCAGCUAAUCCAAGACAAACUUGAUCUGAAAGUUUAUUUUCAGAUUUGUGAACUCAUCGAAAUUUGACGUUAUGUAAAAGGUUGUUUCUUAUAUUUUGUAAGAAUGUUUUUUUUUUCUGAAAGGUUUGAAAAGAGCAAAAUGUUUAUAAAAAUAACUUUUCUAUGUCAUUUCACUGUAAUUUUCAACUGUUAAAACAUUGAUGCAAAUGUUUGGAAUUGUAUUUCAUAAACAAUAUGAAUGAAUCU